AUGCAGUAUGAAGGAGGUGUAUUCCGUAUACUGGAAUGGGCUGAUAUAAUUAAUGCUCAUAUAAUUUCUGGACCCAGAAUCGGUUUGCCUCGUGGUAGGGGCUUGUUGCUGCUUGCUGAAAUGAGUUCAGCUGGUAACUUGGCAACAGGAGAGUACCCAGCUGCAGCUGUGAAAAUUGCUGAGGAUCACUAUGACUUUGUCAUCGGCUUCAUCUCAGUUAAUCCAGCAUCAUGGUCAGGGGUAAUGGUCAAUCCAGCAUUUAUUCAUGCAACCCCUGGAGUUCAAAUGGCAAAGGGUGGUGAUAAUCUCGGCAGUACAAUACUCCACAUCCUGGGCAGCGACAUUAUCAUUGUGGGUGGUGGAAUUAUUAAGGCAGCCGAUCCUGCAGAGGCAGUUUCUGAAUACAGACCUCAAGAAUGGGAUGCAUGCUUGGCUAAGUGCUCCUAA